ACCGACUGACGGGAGAGCGAAGAUAGCUUGUGAUGUAGAAUUGCACGGAAUCAUGUGUUUGUGACCAUGAAUUAUUUUGAGAAUUUUUUCUGAAGCGAUUGGACAUUCGCAUAGGUCAAGAAAGCUGUGGUGAUAUCGAGGAGGAGUUAAGGGCCAUUGUGUACAGUUAACGCCUCAUCUCAGUAGUAAAUUUUCUUGAAGUGCAGUAAUAGUCGAUUGUAGACAGAGGAUCGCGAGAAUCGCCUGAGCUUAACGAUCAGAGACGAAUUUGGUGCGGACUUACCGUGACGGCAGCUGUAGAGGGAUUGACACACGUUUCACCGCUUAUAGAAGGAGUGACUCUCUGAAGAUCAUAAGGCUCGUUCCUAAGUAUUUACCACUGAUGUUGAACACGAUGGGGGACGAGAAGGAAACGACUUGGAAAACUAUAAAGACUGGGGCUAAAGAGUUAAGACAAAGUACAAAACGGAUGUACAAUACGAUGAAGAAGAGCUUUCGUUCUAGAAGGAAAGAGAAAGAGACUAAAGUAGAGGAAAUACAUAUAACACCCGAACCCGAAGUGGAGGAAGACGCAUGGGCUGUGAGGUCGACGUGUCAAUCACAGCUCAGAGAGCCCUCGCCAGACCGGCAAACCAGGAUCUCCAGUGCCGGAUCUUCCACCAGCCGUUAUUCGUCGAGUAGCAAGGAAAAUCAGGAACUGCAAGUAGUCCAUGACAUGGACUCAGAAUUUGACUUGUUUUCAUGACGAUCCGCCGUCAUUAGUUGGUUAUCGCAGUAUUGAGCAAAUCAAGGUGGCCGAAGCAAUCAUCAGCCGGCGUUGGCGUUUUGGAGAGCUGAUAGUGAUGCAAUAGGAUGGCAACUUUAACUCGU